GGAAGGAGGCGGGACUUCAAUAUCUUCACGGAGAGAGGUUCGUGGACAUCUGCGCUUGGUUGGUCCUGAAAAUAUGUAUCGGCUUCGGGCACCUCCGUACAAUCUACCUGGUGCAAUCGUUCGUGUCUUCGAUUAAAAAAACGUCUAGCCGUUAUCUAAACACAUGCACCGAAGCCAUCGACCAGUGAUAACGAGCAGCUUUAGAUACUUAUCUUUUAGGCGUAUACUGUACCGUAAUGGAGAAGGAAAAUGUAGCUAUCUAGCCAAAUUGCUAACACAGAGGACCCAACACCAAACCUUCGUAUGGAGAUUAAAACAGAUUAGAUUGAUGAUAACCAUCAACGGAGGACAUUCAACCGUUUUGGGAUUUAUUCACUCAAGGAGCCGGUGUGAAUCCACAUAGCUACAGGAGCUGUAUCCCACCAGACAUCCAGAGGCCGUGUGCCAGGCGUAUCUGACUAAAGAGAGGAGGAUCACCAGUGACACCACAGCGGGGGUGGAGAGAGAGACCGUGCCUGUUGGAAAACCUGUUGGAUCUAAACACUUUUAUUACAGAUUAUCACACUGCUCUCCUGACUGCCACCCUCCCCCUUUACACACACAGAAUCACACACACUCCACUAGAAGUAGCCCUAGGGAGUCACAUAAACGUCUCACAGUCACUCAGACACGCCCUCCGAGACCCAGAGUUGCUUCCCAGGGGUCUUAGUGGGAGGGUGUGCCCCCCCCCCUCUCGGUGCACUCCGCUGGGGGACGGAAGUAGAGGAAUGGCCCUGGGGGAAUGGGAAUGGCUGGCUGGCUGCCUCGCUCAGUGAGACGGCGGCUUAUGUAACUGACGGCCCUCCUCUCCUUGGCUAGCUAACACAGCUGGGCCUUGGGUGUCUACAGACACUGGGGAGGAGCUCUUCAUCAACCUCCUCUAGGGAGAUUCAGCUUCUAAUCUUCAGGCCCUUCCUCUCUGGGUUCAACUUCACAUAGCUUUUUUUUUUUUCUCCUUUUUUUUUUUAAAUCCUUUUUUUUGUUUGUUUUUCCUUUAACCAUUUUACAGGAGGGUCUUUCAGGGUGUUUUGGAUAUGUGCCCCCUCACGGACUCCUCCAGGUUACAAGGACACACACAAUUUGACCUGUGUACACGUCUUCUUCCACCCACACCUGUAGCAGGUGGGAUCGACCUCUGAGACUUCCCGCUUGUCUCCCGUUGGCUCAGGGAUGCCCCGACCAGGAAGAACAAAGUCUGAGCGUCCGUCUACGAGCACAUUGGCGUUUUGAAGAUGCUGUUUGGACUGAAGGGACAGCCAUUUUUUAUUUAGUGAGGAAACUAGCUGACUUCGAGAGCAACUACAGGACUGCCUGAUAUUAGCCUCUGCUGAUUUUCCGCUCUUGUUUUGAUGUUGUUUUGUAUUUCCCAUCUCAUCUGAGGAUUGAGCCAACCAGGGAGCAAAAUACACAGAGACAAGAAUCCCACUUGGACACAAUCAAAGACCAUUUUGCUCUCCUUUUCUCUCUCUCUCUCUCUCUCUCUCUCUCUCUCACUCUCCCCCCCUUUGAUUACCCGUUUACACAUUAGACCACCUACAGUGAUACCUUUUUAUCGAGGCAGAAAAUAAACCGCUAAGUUGCGAUCUUUUUACGCCUUGACCCGCGUCAAAUCAAAAACCUAGCAAUCGAUCUCUACCUCUCGAUCGCUCCCACCCCCUUUUUCAAAACAUCUGUGUCAGAGCCAAAUUCACACUCAGUCGGUCUGUAUCACAGACAGAGUAGCGUACAGACUGAACAGGCUACAGACUGAACCGUACAAUCUACAGAGCGAAGCAAUCAGUCACCUUCGUCUGGAAGGGGAGAAGGUUAUUGGGUCUGAAUGUCAUUGAACUGAGCCAGAGGUCGUUGAAAUAUUAAAUUAUUGAUAGAGGCUUUGGUUGAACAGGGAAUGUAUAGCAGGUCAACCAAAGCGAUCUGCCUCGUCCUCUGAACCUAACUGACAUUUUGACCCCUCAAAGUUGAGUUUAAAAAAAAAAAAAACCAUUUAUGAGUCUAAGGACUAGAUGAGAGUAAGAUUGUAAUGAAUAAAGAAAUGUACGUUUUUAAAACGGCUACACCAAAUCACAUACGUUAUGCUUUACUGAGACAUCCUACUUCUUUUCUUUAGAAAAGGGAGGGUCCGAGAUCUUUCUAAACCACACCGGAACAAUCAAGCCAUAUCACAGCUUUCUUUUUUUUUUUAUUGCACAUUUUUUAUUUUUGUAUCGUACAAUCACUAAGCCUUCAAUUAAGUUAUUUACCUCUCGCACGCGCACAUUUCUUGAUAUUCCUUUUAAAAAUGUCAAGAUAUUUACCCAAAUCCACUGUAAGGAACCAUUGUUAAAGACUAAAGAGAAACCAAGCAAUUUAAAAGUAUCAGCCUUGAGCUUGACCCACAAUUGAGCAGAACGUGUUGUCGUCGUCCUCCUAUAUAAUCCAGUAGGUCAAGCAUAGAGCGGCAACGCCUCAAUCUUAUGAGAACACGUCUUUUAAAUAGUGGCUCUGUUUAUCUUUAUGUUCCAGUCUAUUUUUAUGUUGGCCUGUGUGUUGUCCGGAGGACAGCAAAACAAAAGGCCUUCUAGUGGAGUCUCUUUAAGUCUUUAGCUGUCAGAGUCCAUCUCAAUCAAAUCCCUCCCUCUAUCUCUGUCUUAUCUUACCCCCUCCUCUCAGACAAGGCCAAAGGUCAAGUUGAAUAUACGUCCCACAACUUUAAGCAAAGGGACAGAGUUAUUUUAUGAACACGCGGUUUAGGGAGGGCCGAUCUACCCUUUCUUUCUCUUCAUCUCCCUCUUUCCGGUGAACAUGCAGAGACGUGGGUCUUCUCUCGUCCUGGUCCGAUUGAGAAGGGGACUCCUCUACCUCCCUCUCUAACCCCAUCAAUCUCUCUCUCUCUCGCUGUGCCCUUUCUCUUAAUCUCUCCCUCCCUCUUUAUAAUCCAUCCCUCCAUCCACACACCCCAGACAAAUCCUCCCCUCUCCCCUCCCUGAGUAAUCCUCUCCCCCUGUGUGAUGCCGGGCAGCAGUAAGAGUGGGGGUGCGGGUGGCCUCCCCUCGCCCCCCCACACCGCCUCCCCGUCCCGGCCACUUCGCCCGUCCCGCUAUGUGCCCGUGUCGGCGGCGACGGCCUUCCUGGUGGGAUCCACCACGCUCUUCUUCUGCUUCACGUGCCCAUGGCUGUCGGAGCAGUUCUCGGUUGCCGUGCCGAUCUACAACGGUGUCAUCUUCCUGUUCGUCCUUGCCAACUUCUGCAUGGCCACCUUCAUGGACCCGGGCAUCUUCCCCAGAGCGGAUGAGGAUGAGGACAAGGAGGAUGAUUUCCGCGCUCCGCUCUAUAAGACGGUGGAGAUCCGAGGCAUCCAGGUCAGGAUGAAAUGGUGUUCCACCUGCCGCUUCUACAGACCGCCCCGCUGCUCACACUGCUCCGUGUGUGACAACUGUGUGGAGGACUUUGACCACCACUGCCCGUGGGUGAACAACUGUAUCGGCCGGAGGAACUACCGUUACUUCUUCCUGUUCCUGCUGUCCCUGACGGUCCACAUCAUGGGAGUGUUUGGCUUCGGCCUGCUCUACAUCCUCUACCACACACAGCAGCUGGACAGGGUCCACUCUGCCGUCACUAUGGCAGUGAUGUGUGUGGCUGGUCUCUUCUUCAUCCCGGUGGCUGGUCUCACUGGCUUCCACAUGGUACUGGUGGCCCGGGGACGAACCACCAACGAACAGGUGACGGGGAAGUUUAGGGGAGGAGUGAACCCUUUCACUAAUGGCUGUUGGAAGAACGUUUCUCACGUGCUCUGCAGCUCCCAAGCGCCCAGGUACCUGGGGAGGAAGAGGAAGCCUCACGGUAUGGUUGUCCAGCCUCCGUUCCUCCGGCCACAGCUCACUGACACCCAGCUGGCCGCCAAGGUCCUCGACAACGGUAUCCACGGAGACCUCCACCGGUCUAAGAGCAGUCUGGAGAUGAUGGAGAGUCAGUCGUGCGAUGCGGAGCCCCCUCCUCCUCCCAAACCGGAGCUCAGGUACCCCGCCCUGUCCAGAGGCCACCAGGGACAACACACAGAGGAGAGUAGUCUUCUGAACAAAGCCCCGCCCACACCCACCAUGUAUAAAUACAGGCCGACCUAUAGCAGUCCAGGAAAGAACCACACUGCCCUUACCCAUGCCUAUGCCAACCAGAUGAGUCGAGGGGACAGUCUGAAGGAGUCGUCUUCUCUGCUCCAGUCCAGCCAGCAGCCUGGCUUCCGCUCUGAACCCAGCCUGGAUGGGAGAGAGGCCCCAGGGGAGAGAGGGGGAGGAGGAUUGGGAGGAGGUGGAGACAGACCUGGAGGAGGGGGGGCACCAGGGUCAGGGGGUGGCGGUAUCCCCGGUUACUCCCUAGGGGGACGUUCCUACCCCUCCUUUUCAGACCCAACGGUUUUAUCUUCCGGUGGAGGUGCUUCCCAUUCUUCCAGCGUGCGUUCUGGCUCCGCCCACAACGCGGCCCAUGUCUCCGAGGCGACGACCUCCACGAGCUACAAGAGCCUGGCCAAUCAGACGCCUCCUCCGCGCAACGGCAGCCUAUCGUACAACAGCCUGCUCACGCCCUCCGAGAGCCCCGACUUUGAGUCGGCCACACCCGACAUGUCGCCCGGGCACCACCCUAACCCGGCCCCACCCUCCGUCCUGGGGUACUCCUCCCCCUACCUGUCGGCCCAGCUCAGCCAGCAGAGAGACGCAGAGCUCCACCAGCCCUCCGCCUCCUCCGUAGCCCUCCUCUCCUCCCCACACCGCGCCCACUAUCUCCAGGAAUCGCAUCCCCACUCCCACCACUCUCAGCCCCCUCCCUCCUCCGCGGCCCCCCAGCCCCCCCACCCACACCACCACCAUCAUCACCACCACCACCACCACAGCAGCCACAGCUCCAGACCCCCCCGCUUCUCCCGGCCCCCGCUCCUGUCCGACUCGGCCGCCCCCCACCAUUACCCGUACCGCACCCGGUCCACGGACACCCCCCUGGCCCCCUCCACGCACCCCCCGCGCUCCCCCCACCCCCCGCCGCUGGGGAAGUCUCUGUCGUACUCUUCGGCGGCGGCGGCGGAGAUGCAGUACCGGAUGGUGCGCAAGGCGUCGGCCUCGGCCGGAGGGGGAGGGGCGGGAGGGGGGAUCCAGGCACCUAAGGACGAGAUUCAGAUGAAGUUGUUCAGCCGGACAAACGGGCAGCCCAGGUCCUCCAUUUCCUCCUCAGGCUCUACCCCUUCCUCCCCCUCUCACCCAAUCAGCAUGUCCACUCGCCCCGGACAGGCCUAUCCCAGCCCUGGAAACACCCAGAGCCCCGCCCACAAGCCGGGGGGCGGGGUGAAGAAAGUGACGGGCGUCGGCGGGACCACCUAUGAGAUUUCAGUCUGAGUUUGAUGGGCGGCCACCCCGACUAAUGGCGUCAGGGGUUGGAGGUGAAGGAGGGGUCAGAGAUUGACUGAUGAUAUUUCUGCCUCUCGGACCCUUCAGGGGAGGAAAGCUUUUAAUUAACAGACGUUUUAAAAGUUGGGUGAUGAGGAAGAGUGAAACGACAGACUUUUCUUGCUCUUCUUCCAAAUGCGAUGGACUCCGGACUUCCUCUCUCAUUCAGAGACCUCCAGUCAAGGAACUACAGAAAUAAUCGGGAGGAAGUUGUUUAACCAAUCACAUUCAAGAACACAAUGCACCAUUAUGACAUGGUGGGCUUAUGGGCCCCAGGGAGCCAAUCAUAAGAGGCGGGACUCUUUGACAAUCCACCAAUUUCUGGGCAGAUUGAACUCUGUGGGAAUGAUUGACAGUUACGACUGGGUUUGCCUUUAUUGGAUAAAACAAGAAAGAUCAAUAUGGCUGCGUAUACACAGGCAGCUCAAUUCUGAUCUUUUUUUGACCAAUCAGCUCUGAGAAAGUAAAAGGAUCUGAUCUGAAUGGGCAAAAUACAUCUGGAUUGGGCUGCCUGUAAAAACAGCCCAUAUUUAAAAGAGAGGGGGGGAAAAAAGAAAUGUACUUUCAUUCAUUCAUAAAUGUCUAAUGAUUCAUUCUCUGUACAGAAUUAUAUGGUUUGGAAUUUAUGGUGAUUUCCUCCAAUCAGUGGCAUUUAAUGGUGACUGCGGCAUGCACCGGCCACUAUGGACCACUGUGAUUGGCUAGUGACCACGCUGCCAUUCUCUUUCGACCAAUCAGAAAUGGAGAUGCUAAACUGUAGUAGACGGCAGGAUCAUUGGUGGAGUUCGUUUUUUGCCUGGCCUGGUUCCCCGGGUGGGUGGAGAUUUCACUUAAGGACCAAUGGAAUGAUGAAACUCGACCAGUGACACAAUCAUCGGGUCUGUACUUUAAAGAUGGAGCAGCCUUUUCUAAACUAACUUUGGAGUAAUGGCCUUGAUAAUCAAGGUGUUUUUUUUAUUUUACUUAUUUAAUUUCAGAAUGUUAUUUUAUAUGAAUUUAUAUAUAGCUGUUGAUAAAAAAAAAAAAAUCUUAACGGGCUGAUAGGGUUUUUCUGGUUUGAGUUAAUUUCAGAAUUAUAACCAAACAGAAAAAAAACUGUUGCCGCGUUCAAGUGCUAGUCGGAACUUGGACAUUUCUGACUUAUUAACUGGUUUUAGUUAAACACGUUCAACCAGUUAGCAGGUCGAAAAUGUAGUUUCCUAGUUCCGACUAGCACUGGAAUGCGGCUCAUUUGGAUUGAUGGCUGCACCAGCCGAUCUGAGGCUGAGUUUUGAGUCUUCAGCCAAAGAGAGGAGCUGGACAAUUAUAUGGUUCAGCCAAUGGGAACCAAUGUAUUUGAUAAAAGGCGGCGAUGUAGCAUUUUUAAAGUCCUUUGAUACACAGUAACCACUCGACUUCUCUUGGGGCAUAUUUCAGAAAUACCCUGCUGUACUUUCUGAUUGUUUACUUCUGAGCUUUGUAAUGGGUGUGUCUGAAAUGGUACCCUUGUCACUAUAUAGUGCACUACUUUUGACCAGGGCCUAAAAGACUCUGGUCAAAAGCAGGGAAUAGGAUGCCAUAACAUAAAUGUUUUUUGUUUUAUUGGUCCGGAUACUGACAUCUCUGGUUGCCUUCCUCUAGCUGACCUAUUGAGAAACUAGCGAGGAUCACAUGCUUUGGCACGACCAAUCCAGAGAGCGCAAGAGAUUCAUAUCAGCCUACUCUUUUAUUCGUUAAUGGUUUAAACCAAUGAUGAGCAGUUGAAAGUCAGUAACAUACAUCCUUUUUAUAUUUAAUUUGUACUUUUCUUUUUUUGCAAGAUUUUAAGACAAUUUACAGGGCAUUGCUUUAGACUGACAGUUUGUUUGACGAGUCAGGAGCGUAGAACGAAACGAAAUGGGAUAGGACAACAACAAAAAAAGCACGUCGCCCAAUAUGUUUGACUGCCAUCAGGAACAGCCAAUGCCCUUACAGAUGAUGUUUAGACAAGUACGAGCCCGGGGUGUUUUGAAAAAAAAUAAAAUAAAGAUGUACUGUAUAGCUCUGUGUGUGUGGGCGUGUGCAUGUGUGUAUGUGCGUGUGUGUUUGAGCAUUGGUAAUAAAGUAUUUAAAACCAAA